AGAGGAUCCAAUUGAAAACCGGAUUAGAUUUUUACUAAAUCAAGCCUUUGCCUCCUCAAAAGCCCCAAAAAAGGAGCAAACUUUGAAUGGAUCCUUGACCAACUUCAUCACCAUUACACUCCCAAAGGGUUCUUCAUCACGACACCCUCUUCGUCUAACAACAAAAACCCAGGUUCCAUUUUCUCUCGCUACAUUUGCUUUGAACUCGUAAGAGAAGGAAGAAAGUCUUAUCCUCUCCUUUCAAUGUUUGUGCAUUGAUACUAGACACAUGGCUGGUUCAUCAACCAAGAGGUUUCCUCUCUACGCUAAGGACUACGAGCUCUUCGAAGAGGUGGGAGAAGGUGUAAGCGCCUCAGUGUACAGAGCCAGGUGCAUUGCUCUUAACGAGAAUGUCGCCAUUAAGAUUAUGGAUCUUGAGAAAUGCAGAAAUGAUUUGGACACAAUACGGAAGGAAGUUCACAUUAUGAGUUUGAUUGAGCAUCCGAAUCUGUUGAAAGCGCAUUGCUCUUUCAUAGACCGUAACACCUUGUGGAUUGUGAUGCCUUAUAUGUCUGGUGGCUCAUGUUUUCAUUUGAUGAAAACUGUUUAUCCUCAAGGUUUUGAGCAACCUAUCAUUGCUACUUUGUUGAGGGAAGUGCUUAAAGCUCUUGUCUAUCUUCAUAGACAAGGUCACAUCCAUAGAGAUGUUAAGGCUGGGAACAUACUGCUUCACUCGAGAGGUGUAGUUAAACUAGGAGACUUUGGAGUUUCAGCAUGUAUGUUUGAUAGCGGUGAAAGGAUGCGUACAAGGAGCACAUUCGUUGGAACUCCUUGCUGGAUGGCACCUGAAGUUAUGCAGCAAGUAGAUGGAUAUGAUUUCAAAGCGGAUAUCUGGUCCUUUGGCAUAACUGCACUGGAGCUAGCUCAUGGUCAUGCCCCAUUUUCAAAAUAUCCACCUAUGAAGGUGCUAUUAAUGACCUUACAAAAUGCUCCACCUCGACUUGACUAUGAUAGAGACAAGAAAUUCUCAAAGUCGUUUAGAGAGUUGAUCGCAGCCUGUUUGGUUAAAGAUCCAAAGAAGCGUCCAACCGCAGCAAAACUUCUGAAGCACCCUUUCUUCAAACAUGCACGGUCCACAGAUUAUCUGUCCCGUAAAAUUCUGCAUGGUCUUUCUCCACUUGGAGAACGUUUUAAAAAGCUCAAGGAGGCAGAGGCUGAGUUGUUUAAAGGCAUAAAUGGUGAAAAAGAACACGAGUAUAUGCGAGGGAUUAGUGCUUGGAACUUUGAUCUACAAGACUUGAGGAAGCAGGCAUCACUUGUAAGUAAGAAUCCAGAUAAUGAAAUGUGCAGUUCAGAGAGUCAGGUUGUUGGGGUUGAUGUGCCAAAGAGAAACCCAAUGAUACAAAGGUCAAAGACUAUGUCUUUGGAGAUGUUCAAAAUCUCAGACAAGGAUCUGAUGAGUGCGAGUAAUAGUCUAACAAUAGGUCCAUUACUUCCUUCAUUUCGCCGCAAGUUCCUCCCUGCUAUUGGAUAUAAAGUUGGCAUCCUUUCUGAUGAAAGCAAUGCAUGUCGCCAAAGAGCUGCAGAGGCCCUCGCUCUUGAAGAGCCCAAUCAACUAGAGCUAUUAGCGGUGGAUACCAAGCAGACACCUGCUCUUGAAGAGCUACAUCAACUAGAAGAACCAUUAGCGGUGGAAACCAAGCAGACACCUGCUCUUGAAGAGUCACAUCAAGUAGAACCAUUAGCGGAGAAACCAAAAAAUGGCUACACAGUUAGUUCUGUGAGCCGUUGCGCAGCAAAUGAAGUCCUCCCACUGUUACAGAGUCUCCUGGUUCAGAAUGACAUUCAGAGGGAGAAAGUAAUAAGAUUAAUUAGAUUUUUUGAUGGAACUGUCUCCGAAACUCAAAAUCCAACCUCGAAAAACGAAGCAGUGCAGAUAUAUCCAUCAAGGGAGAAAGAACUACAAUCUCAAGUUAAUUUCUUGGAGCAAAGUGUUGAGAUACUUGUAGAGGAAGUGAAGAGAAGAAAAGAAAUAAAUGAUCAGCUAGAAGAACAGAUCAGAUCUCUAACUAGUAGCAGCAGCAGGAGGAGCAAUAGCAGAUCAGGAGCUUAAUUAACCAUCCUCUUUUUGUCUCUUCCAAGAGAAGGAGGGAGACUAUUCUUUUUGUGUAUUCAAUUUUUAAUAA